AUGAUUUUAAGGGUUAUUUAUGUUAUUCAAGACCAAAACACCAUAAAUCAUUUAACAGAUUAUAGAGAUAAACAUAUAGAUAGCCCUACAAAAAUUAAUUUUGCUUUGUACAACAUGGUAUGCGAUAUGUUGAAUUGUACUCAAAUUCGAAUCUUUACUGAUGAUUGGGGAUUUGAGAUUUUUAAUAAAACUCUUAAUCGCACAGUUUUUCGACAUGGAAUGUUUGAGGACUUAAUGAAUGAUAAAGCAGAUAUUGCAGGAACGGUUGCAUUCAUGCCUGCCAGCCGACUAUCAUACUUUAAAUACUUAUUUGCUCCAAUCAAAGACUUUUCCCUGCAUUUUGUAUUUAAAGCACCUCCACUAGCAUUUUAUUCCAAUAUUGUAGUACUACCAUUUGACACUUUAGUAUGGUUAACCAUUGGAGCUGUAUUAGUUUUUUGCGGAAUUUUAAUUAAUACAAUUUUCCAUUGGGAAGUAAAGCAGAAAAAGUUUGCCAAAGAGUUGGCUAUUUAUAAAGAAAAUGAACCGAGUUUAUUGGAUGUAGUAAUGAUGCAGAUUGCUGUGGUCUGCCAAAUAGACUUUUAUUAUGAACCGAAAAGUUUAUCUGGUAAAAUUACAACAUUCACGUUAUUAAUAUUUUGCACAUUUAUUUAUACUGCAUUCUCAGCCAGAAUAGUGUUACUUUUACAAUCAAACACCAAUAUGAUUAAUUCUCUAGAUACCUUAUAUGCCACAAAUUUUGAGUUUGGAGUUGAAAGCCAAUCGUACAACAAGCGUUAUUUUAGGGAGUUUAGUGAUCGUGCUGAUGAAAACUGGCGUAAGAAGAUUUACGAAAAUAAAAUUAAUAAACGAGGUGUCGAGAAAUUUUUCGAUGCUGAAGUAGGAAUGCGAAUGGUCAGAGAUUCGUACUUUACUUUUCAUAUCGAGCAAACCGUAGCCAAUCAUUUGAUUCAAAAGUUAUUUUCAAAUACCCAAAAGUGUGCCUUAAAAUUUAUAGAGACAAUUUAUAAGCCUGAUAAUCCACAUCUAAGUUUACCGAGGAAUUCGCCCUAUAUUGAAUUUUUUGCUGUAAGUUUUAAUAGGCUGGCAGAGACAGGCCUCCACAACAGGGAAUACAGGAACUGUUUCACUAAGAGACCUUCCUGCGAAGGAAGGAGUAACACUUUCGUCAGCGUCGGUCUUACGGAAUCGUAUUUCGCAUUUUUGGUUUUUGGUGUUGGUGUAUGUACUAGCAUAAUUCUACUGAUAAUUGAAUGCUUGGUAUUUAAAUAUUUAAAAAAAUAAUAACAACUGAUCUAUAAAUAAGUGGCUUAGUCUACAGAAGGUUAAAGGAGGAUAAUAAAUUACAUGAGCCCCGUGCCUAUUUGAGAAUAAAUAAAACAAAAUAGUGUUAAAAACAUAUGGU